CGCUCGCCACCCCACCCGCCAGUGCUCGCGAUCCCACCCGCCAGGCCUCCACUGCAGUGCCGCCGGCUGCCGCAAGCACCUACCGGCAGCCGCAAGCACUGACCGACGCGCAGGCCACCGCCAGCACUAGCCGCCGCAAGCGCUCGCCGCCAGCACAACGCCGCCAGCAGCACACGGUGCGCGCCACCAGCCAGUGCUCGCGUCGCCAGCGCACGCCGCCGCCGGUCCCCGCCUCCACGGAUCUACUCAUUGAUGGCCCCAUCUCCUUUGUUCGUUCGUGAGACCGUGAAAUGUUUGUGCUCUUGUUUUAUGUUUAAUUGUGCUUGUUGAUUGCAUGAAAGUAAGGUGAAAUGUUGUCGAAAUUUGAUAUUGAGUGAGCUAUUUUUUUACAUCUCUGAAGUUCAGUUCCAUCGGUUAUAACCGGAAUCGAAUCGAAACCGAAGUUUCUCGAUUCCUAGUCUAAAAAAAACCGAACGAUUUCUGUUUUUCAGAAACCAAACUUCUCAAGAAACCGAAGAACCGAUUGGUUCUGUUAUAACCGAACGCCCAGCCCUAUCCUCAAGUUCUUGUUUGCUGCCGCUAUUAUCACAAUAUCCCUCCUUUUAGAGAUAAAGCUGGUGAAUUGAGCUUUCGCUAUCUUUUUUUUAAGAGCUUUUUUGAAUUUGAAUGGAAGAAAAGUAAUGAAACCUGCGCCGCUCAGAUCAAACAUAAAUCCGCCUCCGAAGGGAGUCCGCGUAUUUCCAAGGUAUUCCUUUUAGGUCACUGCCAGCUGACGUCACUGCCGGGUGCCGAGCCGAAUCCGUGCUGCAAUGGAGGUGCCCGAGGCGGCACCGGCGGCCGCCGCCGGCGUAGAAGCAGAGGGCAUGAGCGGCGGAAAGGGAAGCUGGUACGUGCUAGGUAAGCGUGCGGUGCUGGUGCCCUACCUGCGGGAGCACGUGCCGCGGUACCACGAGUGGAUGCAGGACCCGGCGCUGCUGGAGGCCACCGCGUCGGAGCCCCUCUCCCUUGAGCAAGAGUUCGACGUGCACCGCUCAUGGACCCUCGAUCCCUUCAAGCAUACAUUCAUAGUGUUGGACAAGGAGUUGAUUGGGGGAGAGUUCGCACCCGGCAAUCCGCACACUGAAGCUAUGGUUGGUGAUGUGAACAUAUAUAUGAAUGACCCUGAUGAUAUGCAGCUUGCGGAAAUAGAGAUUAUGAUAGCUGAACAUAAGAGCCGUGGGAAGGGAAUCGGUCAAGAAGUGAUAUUACUGAUGAUGGCAUUCGCAGUAGAGAAAUAUGGAAUUGCCACAUUCAGAGCAAAAAUUAGUGAAUCAAAUAUGGCAUCCCUUAAGCUUUUCAGAAAGCUGGGCUUCAAGGAUGCUUCAUACAGUGCAGUGUUUAAGGAGGUGACUUUGGAGGUACCUGCUGAUGAACUCCAGUUGAGAUUUCCUCUAACCGUAGGAGAUUGGUAACAUCUCAUGUGGCCCAAGCUGUUGUCAUUUAAUUGUGGAGCAUCUCUAAUUGGUUUUCAUGGAGCGGAAGGCGGAUCUAAUUCCGUGCGUUAGCACAAGAAACUGACUACUGUUUGUCUGUACUCUGGCAGAUGUAGUAUAAAUAUGGGAUACAAAGAAUUGUAGUUGAUUGUGUAAGCACUAAAACCAUUACUAGCUCGAAUUCAGGCAUUGACAACAUGGUAACGCGGAACAUGCUGCACUAAUCUGCAGGCAGUGCAUGGGUUUAAUUUUUACUUCUUUGUAAUGGUCACAAUUAAAUUGUCUCAAAGAGGGCGUGAGGCACCAGUUGGUGUGAC